CGCGCGUGGCCUCUGAACGACGCACACUGCUACUCUGCCUCUUUUCUACGUUUGUUUAUGGACGUUCCUAAACAUCCCCUUCCAUUUACUACCCCAUCAGCGGUGUGUCGAUUAUUUUUGUUAGAGUUUGGCGUGUGUCUUUGACCGAUGCGGAUGUGUUUGCGUUUAGUGUCGCGUCGUGUGUUGCAUCAUCCGCUUUUUUCAGAGCGACCUGUGUCUUUUUGAGUCAUUAUUUGACUCGUAUUCUCACUUUAUCUCCUUUCUAUUUGCGCCUAACUCUUCUUGCCUAUACUUUUAGCGGUAUUUUGAAAAACUAUGAGUGUGCCUCCCAUGGGAGGCAGGCCGGGGGAUCUCUCUCUCCUCCUCCCCUGCAAACGGCGUCACCCUCACUAGUGUUUCGGUUGAACAUUUUGAUGCCUUCGCUAAAGAAAUACUUGCUAGGGCAACGAAUGACACGCGUGAGCAGAUGGACGUUACAAUUGAUCGCGCGGCCAAAAGAGCCAAUGAGAACUCGGUACUUGAGCACGAACACGAAUAUGCCAUAACGCCGACACGAAACGCCGUAAUGGACCGGGUCCGAACCCGGACAAAGCUACUUCUGUCUCUGUCUCUGUCCCUCUAUCUGACAAUGUGGCACGUGCUCAACAGGCUUCUCACAACCUCUUUGACCACAAAUCCGACUGAUCGCGCAUCUUUUAUCCAUAUGCAGAGUUAGCCACAUUUGGAAGUUUUGUAAGAGUCGUCCGAGAUGCCUGUGGUAAGGAUGUUCACAAAGAAGACGAGAUGUGUGAGAAGCAAAACCUCCCCCCCCCCCAAAUGUAUCAAUUACUCUGGAGACCAUAUCACGUCGACAAAUUGCCCUCUUUUUAUCAAAUAGAAAAAAGUACAGACGAUCGCAGCCACCGAAAAUAUCUCUCUUGCGGAUGCUAGGAAUAGGUUAUCGUUUACGGACUCUCGAUCUACCUUUAGAUCCAGUGCUGACUUAGGUAGUACGCGUAGUGUUCACUUUGCAGAUGAUGAUUAUUAUAAUUUCCCUUUACUUUCGCCAAAGAAUGAUAACCCCUCACUCGUUCGUCAGUUACAAUAAAUUCUCCCCCCUUGAAAAUGCAGAUACCUCUAAACUGUCGUACAUCAAAGUUUUUGCUAAGAAUUCUACUCGUACUUCACCCGAACACCCACGAUCCCUGCGUCAGGGUACUUCCCGCCCAAUAUCCUCUCUCCCACCUUUGUCGCGGAACAACGAUAAACACAAGCAGGAUCUUUCCAAUAUCUGUGCCACUUCCUCUCGCAAU